GUUACUGACCGGUAAACACCGUAGACUCGUUUUUCAAAAUGGCGGACCAGUAUGAGUUGUUCCGAAAGCUAAGCUCUGGGGCUCAUUUCGGUAGAAAGAAGCUACAUAAGCCUGUAAGCCCUGCCGUUUGUCAUGGGGAGACCAAGAACAUAGCUGAAGUUCUUGAUUUCUUUGGAAACAACAAGCAGGAAUUAACAGAAGCCCAUGAAAAUAUCAAGAGCAAAAUCAUACCAAGUGAUCACAAAAGAGAGAGCUUUGUUAAAAAAUCAGCAAGUAAAAGCAAGAAAAAAAGGAAAAAGAGAAAACAGCAAGAUGAAGAGUCUGAGCCUGAAGAUAUCCCAGCAGAAAGCAGACCAAGUAUAUUCACAGAACAAAACCCACAUGGAAAGAAACAAAAGGAAAAUAAACUCUCAGCUAACAAGCUGGCAGAGAAACAUCAAGAGAAGAUAAAUCUAUUCAGACAUGAGCAACAUAUCUAUGUAAAAGGAGCUGACGUCCCUGACCCUGUGGAAACGUUUUCUCAACUGAUAGAAAGAUAUGGGUUUCCUGAUUACAUUAUACACAAUGUGCAGGAGAGGGGUUACACCACACCUACCCCAAUUCAGAUGCAGGCGACACCCUUGAUGGCUCAUGGACGAGAAGUACUUUGCUGUGCCCCAACAGGAUCAGGAAAAACAGCAGCAUUUAUUCUACCCAUCUUACAUAUGUUGAAGGGUCCUAAGAAAUCUGGUUUUCGUGCUGUUGUGGUGUCCCCUACAAGGGAGUUGGCUCAACAGAUCUACCGAGAGUUUUGUCAUCUAGCCAAGGGGUGUGCCUUUAGGAUUCACGUAUUGACAAAGGCAAAUGCCUCAACAAAUACUUUUGGAGCAAAGUCGUCCAAACGAUUCGAUAUCUUGGUGACCACCCCAAACAGACUUGUGCAUCUGUUGACACAAGAACCCCCUGGAAUAGAACUACACAAUGUGGAAUGGCUGAUUCUUGAUGAAGCUGACAAGUUGUUUGAAGAGGGUAAAGAUGGUUUCAGAGAGCAGAUAGCAACCAUCUAUCAAGCCUGUAAUAAGCCGGACAUUCACAGGGGCCUAUUCAGUGCCACACUCUCUAAUGGUAUUGAGGAAUGGGCAGGGCUUCACCUUGACAACCAUGUCAGAGUGACAGUUGGAAUCAGAAACUCGGCUACAGCUACUGUGGACCAAGAGCUAUUGUUUGUGGGUCAGGAAUCUGGAAAGUUACUGGCUGUCAGAGAUAUUGUACAAAAGGGUUUUACUCCUCCCGUACUGAUUUUUGUGCAGUCGAAAGAUCGUGCGAAGGAGCUCUUUCAUGAACUAAUCUAUGAUGGUAUUAAUGUGGAUGUUAUACACUCAGACCGGACCCAAGCACAGAGGGAUAAUAUCGUGAAGAGUUUUCGUACUGGCAAGAUCUGGGUUCUUAUCGCCACAGAGCUCAUGGGGCGUGGAAUUGACUUUAAAGGCGUCAACCUCGUCAUAAACUACGACUUCCCUACCUCUGCUGUCGCCUACAUUCAUAGAAUAGGUCGAACAGGGCGUGCGGGGAGGACAGGAAAAGCAAUAACGUUCUUUACGGAAGAAGAUACAACGAGCUUACGCAGCAUUGCAAAUGUGAUAAAGAGCUCUGGCUGCGAUGUCCCGGAUUGGAUGCUCAAGAUUAAGAAGGCCAGCAGACGGGAAAAAAAGAAGCUGGAGAAAGCACCGGUAAAACGUGCUGCCAUUCAGACAGCAACGAAGUAUGAUCUUAGCAAAGCCAAGAGGAAAAGAACCAUCAUUGAAGACUCGAAACGGAAGCAUGCUGCAGAAGAGACCUGAACAAGUUUAUUUGAGUACAGAACUGAUAGAACUAAAAUAGAUGAACGAUAAUCACACUUUGCUAUGAGUAUGCGUGAUAAGAAGCCAGUGUUGGCCAAUGAGAUACUCCGUGUUUUUUGUUGACGGAAUUUAUUUGGCCGAAUGGAAGUCCUAGCAUAAAUUCCUAAAUAAAUGUCAUGUGUCUAUGGUGAACAUAUUAGCCAUAUGUAAAGAUGCUCUAUCAAGACAUUCAUUUUAAUUGAAGUAGUAAAGACUGUUUUAUUCUGA